AUGAAUUUCACUCCCAUAAACCCGCGGCCUCUGCUUCAGAGCUUGAUCAACGACGAGGUUAUCAUCCGUUUAAAAUGGGGUCAAACAGAAUACAAAGGUCGCCUAAUCAGUGUCGACUCGUACAUGAAUAUUCAGCUCUCAAACACAGAAGAAUAUAUUGACAGGAAACAUACGGGGACUUUGGGCCAGGUGCUCAUAAGGUGCAACAACGUUCUGUGGAUAUCUGCCGCCAAGGGAGUCGAAAUGAACGGCGAAGGACCCGACACCAAAAUGGAGGAUUAG